CCUGGCUCUGGAUGUGCCAAGAAACGAUCAGUUAUCAAGUAUGUCAUAUAAAGCAGCAUCCCACGGUCAAAAUCGGCAUACAUCUCAGGAAGAUCUUGGGGAUGCUGGAGCUCAAGAAGGAUCAUUCAGGAUGGGGAGCGAACAUGCAAGCAACUCCGACAUCACAGGCUCCAGAUCUAGGAGUCGGGGACGGACAAGAGAACAGCGCAGCCAAAAGGCACAAGAACGGGGGGAGUCUCGCGUUGGCAGACCAAAAACAAGAACCGUAAGAAAGUCAGCGGAUGCUGAACGGGGAAUAUCGACAGAAGUUGAGACACACAAAGAUCAGAGAUCAAGAUCCAUUAGCGGAACAGAUCAGCAGAAUACCCGGAAAGAAAGGAGUGUUAAAAAAAAUAAGUCCAGACUGGGCAGAAAGGCUAGAGGACAGGAUGUAGAAAGCUAUGUGGAAUAUCAAAUACCCGAAGGUGGAAAGAAAGAUCUGGACGAUAAUAGUGACAAGGACGCUAAUGCAGUGCAGAAGAAGAGAAAGAAAGAGCGAAGAGAACGUAAUAUUGAUCAAGGAGAAGAUAAUUCACCUACAUCACCUACCCCCGGACGACGAAGGUUAUCUUCUGAUAACCCCGCUGUCCAAUCAACGUCAUCAUUAGCAUCGUCAAAUUCCCGCAGACACAUAUCCGGCUCUGGAGAGUCCCUAUCCUCAAAUUCGCGGAGAUUAUCAAGGCAUGAGGAUGGACAACGUCUUCACAGGAAACGAACAGCGAGUAUGAGUGUAGGACCUACGCAAUCUCUCAGCACAGGACACCGGCACCGCAGCAAACGGGAUGAUCGUAGUGACAAUGCCAAUUCUCGUAAGCAGCAUAGAUCAGCUUCAAUCGAUCAUUCGGGCAAAUAUACGAGUCCGACUUCCAAGACAGGAUCGUCAAUGGUUCAGUUAUCGCAGAGCGGAAGCCAGAGAUCGUUGCACUCUUCGCGGCGAGGUCGUAAACUGCACCGCGAAGGCUCACUACAGAUCAGAUCUCCGAUAACAGAUCAAUAUGUAACGCUCCCGAUAAGUGAAUUGCAAAUAUUGUCUGGCGAGGCUGCAUUGGAUCUAAAUGAGGAUGGAGGUAUAAACUUUGAGACACCCACCCAUCUGUCGCAUCCUCGCAUGCAGGAGAUGGAUGCAGUCUUCAUUGAAGAAAGGGGACGCUUCCGCCCAUGGUCAAGCGCAACCGCAAAUAUGCAUGGGAUUCAUGACAAGGGAAUUGAUCUAGAGCAUGGUAGAAGAUGGUGGGAAACCAGAGAUGGAAUGUUAUUGCAGUGGGCAACGUCCUUGCACGUUUCCAUAGCUCAAAUAACGCAUCUCUUGCACGGCAUAUACGCAGGAUUGUGCCUUCUCUCUUUGAUCAUGCUCCCAUCGUUUUCGGCAAUCAGUCCACCAGAUCCAUCGGUGUCAGCAUCAGUCAUCAUGUUCGAUCCUACUUUUCGAUUUGUAGUAUCGUACUCAACGUACGCGGGUACAGUCAACAUCGUGUUCAACAUUCUUGCUACAUUGGUUUUACUGGACGUUUUGGAUAUCGUUUUUGGCUUGCGUGGACCUGGAAACCGGCGCAGAUACGUAUGGUGGAGAGAGAGAGAAUCUAGAGUGUGGACUGCUCUGGGAGCCCUACUAUUGUUCUUCCUCUCUUGGAUCUCAACGGUGCUUAUCACCGCGCAGGACGAUCGCUUGAGCCAAUCUCAACAAGGGGUGGAUCAAGGGCCUUACGGAGACCCAGGCUGGUUCGCGUCAGCAGCAGCUCUCAACCAGGCUCUGUUUCUUUCAGACCUCUCCAAGUGGAGGAUCCUCAACUGCGUACGCGGAAUAUUUGGGAUAGUAGCCUGGAUAGCGGCUCAAUGGAUACGAGUGAAGGACAUGUCGCCUAACUAUGACGCGAACAAAACCGACAAUGCUAGAACGGAUCCAGCAAAGGAAAUCCCCAACGAGAGAGAUGCUACAAUAAAUACGGACCAGCGAAUGGCACAAACGUCUAAUGGCCGAGACAAUCAAGUCGCAUGACGUGGUUGUAGAACGCACACCCGACUGUGAUGGAAUGACUUCUCGUGGGGCCGGUUCUUUCGGGAGAUUAUUCAUCUGCCUGCAUGUUCUUUUUUAAGCCAAUUGGGCAUAUAGAAAGUGUGUGGUGAAGAGUACCUAUUAGAUAACCUGCCCGUGUUUUGGCUACGCCGUUUCAAUGGUCUCAUGAAUGUGUCAAUGAUUCUAUGUAAUGCACAAUUCUCUAUGCAACGCUAAUGCUACAUGGUCUUGGGGUUCUGGAAUGCGG